AUGCCCCGGGAGUUUCGCAAACGAGGCCGUGGAGGAAACAAGCAGAAGGACAAGGAAGACUUGGAUGGACUAAAUGGUGCAGCCAAGCCACCCAAACGGCCCAAAGUGGCAACCGAGGAUGUGAUGGAAUUAGCUCAAGGAUCAGAGGAUGAAGCGUGCACCCCAGAAAGACUGAAGACAGACACCAAGGACCCGGAUGUGGCCGAGUUCCCACUACUGACGCCUGACUUGAGAGCAUACUGGAAAGAGAUCGACGAGAAACUGCAAGAAUUCGAGCGACUGGGACUCGGUGCUUAUCAUUCGAACAACAAGAACCAACAAGAUGAAGUGGAGGACGAGGACGAGGACGAGAGACAGCUGCUGUUGCGGUCGGCGCUCGCCGAGCUGGGGGGACACGAACUGGCCCUAGCCAGCGAUCCCGAGACCAGCAUUAUCCUCGAGCGGAUCAUCUACAGCAUGGACGGCUUCGCUAAGCGGGUCCUGGCCGACCGGUUCAGCGACCGGUUCGUCGACCUGUGCAACCAUCGACACGGCUCACAUGUCAUCCAGACCUUGCUGUCUUCAUCUGCCUCGGUCUUGCACGACGAACUCAAUCCACCCGCCUCGAAAAAUAAAGAACUCGAAGAAGAAACUUUACCUCUCAUGCGCGACUUGCUGUCCCAGGCCUGCGAGGACAUUUUGCCCCAUCUGAAUAGUCUGGUUUCUUCGCCGUCGGGAAGCCACGUUCUCCUGGUCCUCCUGCGAUUAUGUUUCGGAAAGUCGAUUGAGGAGGAGGAUGUGCGGUCGAAGAAGUCUUCGCAAUGGCGCUCGAAGCAAGGCUCUCUUCGCUCCGUCUUCCACACCAAGCCCUCUUCCUCGGACACCUCAUCGGCAACACUCGCCCCUUCUGUCCCCACUGGUCCGCAGCGACAGAUCCCGAAAAAGCUCCGCAAAAAGGGCGUGGCGCUCUACGCGCGGAUGAAGAAAAAUUGGAGCGACAAGAACCGGCUCGGAGGCGUUCGCAGCGUCGCAAGCAACCCGUCAAUCGUCGUUCUGCUCCAGCUUAUCAUCGAGAUCGAGUUCGAUAGGGGAGAAGCUGAAACACCGGGCUCGUUGACCGACAUCAUCCUUGAUGGGCUCUUCCAAACCCCCUUCAGUUCGGACCGGUCGGAGUUUGUGGAAGUCAGCCUGCGGGAUGUAACAGCAUCGAGGGUGAUCGAGGGGAUCUUGAGUCGCUUGUCGGCGCCGCUCUUUACCCGAUUCCACGCGGUCUAUCUGGUGGGUCGAAUAGGCCAUCUGUGCAACCAUCCGGUGGCCAACUUUGUCAUCAGCCGGGCGGUCUCUCAGUUGAAUGAAGAGAGCUUCGGGCCCGCGCUCGAAGAGGUCCGGCCGAAAUUGGCGGACUGUAUCGACAACUAUCGGAUUGGUUUCUUCAAAGCGCUCGUCGAACGAUCGGCCGCGUUUGACCCCGCCGUCCACCAAGAAGUGAUCGAGACAAUCUUGAAGGCCUUUGGGAUCGACGGGGAGACAGACUAUCGGUGGAUCUUUCCCUGCCUGAUUUCGCUGAUGAGGAUGGACUAUUUCCGGAAGACGCGGACGUUUAACAUGCUCGAAUCGAGCUCGGAAGUGAACUUAGAGCAGGUCAAACUGCCGGAAAGCAACGUCCAAGGAUCUGUCCUCUUGCAAUCGAUCCUCCACACCCUUCCUCGCUCACUGGAGACGAUCAUCACCAAGGGACUAGCCCAGCUUCCUAUCGAAGUGAUCAUCGGGUUUUCGCGAGACCCGAUCGGCUCACGUGCACUAGACGCCCUGCUCAAGUCCCCCACAAUCACUGCUUCCACCCGCCGCCACUUCACGAUCCGGUUCCUGGGCAAAUUCCAUCUGCUAGCGGACGACCGGAUCGGCUCGCACAUUGCGGAAACCUUCUGGACGAUCUCGGACGUCUAUCUCAAAGAGAAAAUCGCUGCCAGCAUCGGGACUCAUCAAUCCUUCCUCCUCAAGUCUUCCUUCGGCCACUUCUUCCUCAAGAAACUCGACCUCCCUCUCUUCGAACGACAACGCGAAUCUUGGAAAUCUAAAAUGGCUGCCAAGCUCCCCAAACCUUCUCAGGCCAAAAAUACGUAG